GGACAGAUGGAUACCGCCGCUCACUAACAGCUAAAUUAUUCUGAACGCUCGCGUUGAAGGGUCGUGCAGUUUGCGCAGGCAGUUAAAUCCUAACUGACUCCGCCUGGACUUUUAAUUGGACAUCUGCGCGCUUUGGCUGCGGAGGUGACAGGCCGGAUGCCAUGGACCCGCUGCUGCCCGCAGAGACGGAGGUGAUGGAGCGGGAGGCGGACAAGGAUGCGAGGAGGAAGAUCCAGUUCUCCGUGCCUUCCCCGGUGCCCACCCAGCUGGACCCGCGACAGGUGGAGAUGAUUCGACGCCGGAGGCCGACGCCAGCAACGCUCUUCAGAUUGACAGACCCGCCGUCACCAGAGGAAGACAUUGGCCCUCAUCAGUGGGCUCUGGGGGAAAACGGAGCCUUGAAAGCCAAGCUGGUUCACACAUCAACCUACCAGCCACCCUCACUUAAAGCUGUCCAGAGGAUGGCCCAGGCCCACCUGUCCUCCCUCGACAUGUCCUCUGUGGACAAGGAGGAGCCCUCUUCUGGGGAGGAAGAGGAAGAACGCGAGGGGGAGAGCCAGCAGACAGCCUCAGCUACUGAUCUAAGAGAAGAAAGCAAACCACUCAGGGAUCACCGUGCUCCGGCGGACAGUUUGACAGGAAGCGCUGAUCUCAGCCGUCACCACGGAGACGUAGAGGAGGCCAAAGAAAGAGAGGAAGGAAAAGGAGAAUGACAAAAGAAGAGGACUCAGAUGGAGGCAGAGUGUUACCUGCGUGGCACACAUAUGGGCCGUACGUGUGCAUGCAUGGGUGUACGUGUGAGUGUGUGUUAUUUGAGUCUGUGAGUGUGUGUGUGUGUGCAUGCAACAAAGGGGUUGAAUGUGGAAAAAAGAAAGCGAGAGGGGCACAGGCCGGCGUUGAGGAAGGUCAGAAUAUUAAUGAGCAGGUAUGAGGAAAAGUUUGACCUGAGACUUGUGAAGGGAGUCACGUCUCGGUCAGACGAGGAAGGGCUAAAUACCAAUCAGCCAAGGACGCUGCACAAGAAACAUGAGAACUGCCAAGAGCUGAGGCAUUUAUCAAGCAAAUAUCCAUCUUUUUUAGGCUCAGCAGGAGUCAAUCGAAUUCUGAGACUUGCACCUUUAUCCACAUCAUAUACAGAGCAUGUCGCUUAGUGGUGCGGAAACAGGUGAUGCACACAGCUCAAGGUGAGACUUCCGGGUGUUAGCAAACAUACGGAGCUCACAUUUGCACCAUCUUAUGCAUAUUCUCCGGACACGUCCGAUUCAGUCUUAACUGUAGUGUGAUGGUCAAAGUGAAAAAUGGCCCUGAGAGGUUAUUUUAUAGCAUGUCUCAUACGGUGAUAGUGGGUUAUUGUAGUAUAUGAUGCAGUAUAUUACCUGAUAUACUAUGUAUGAUGAAUACACAGUACACAGUAAUAGGCUGCAGGUCAAUCCCUGUUAGAAUUGAACCAAGAAACUGUUGCUUUCAGUCUGCUUUCCUCGACCUUGUAGACAUUUGCGUGCAAGGUCAAGGAAAUCAAAGGGGGGUGGAUUACAGACGAUUUCAGCGCAGCCACAGCGGACCAGAUUAAAUCAUAUCAGACUAAUCCAACUAAUCACGAUGAUGCAGCACAGUUUUUCUGGUUUGAUAUUAUGAACAGGCUUUUUGUAACACGGCGAUUAGCAAGCAUGAUCUGUGUGGGAUGGCAGAGACGAUAGGUGGGAACUGAAAGAAGACCUAUUUUUUUCAAAAACAAUGUAUGCAGUAUAUGCUGAGC